CUGACCACUUCAGGUCCACAUGUGCUCUACCUGAGGUUGUGAUCACACUACUCUGUGUGUGGGACCUGACUCCUCUGAUUCUCCAACAAACAAGAUGCCGAAAAGUACUGAGAAGUCUGGAGCUCAGCUGCCUCUCUUUGUUCCAGCCAGCAGCUCUCAGGGAGAUCUGUUCAGGAAGAGCACCACCUCCCUGGCCAAGAUCGCUGUUGUCCUCCAAGGUGCUCCAGGCAAGAUGCUCACUUUUAGUCAGCUGAUGGACAGACUGACAUCAUUAACAUCAUUACUCUAUGAAGACAGGAAAUCUGUUGAGAACAACAUCAGAGUUUGUUUAUCAACCAACACAUGUUUUGUCAAGAUUCCACCGGUUCCUGAUUUACUGGACAGUAAGAGAAACUACUGGAAACUGGACCCCAGUCAGAUCACAGCAAAGAUGGUGCGUCGUCACUUCAAAGGGAUCCUGCAGCUCUUCCCUGAGUUGGCCUCCAAAGUGGAAACGGAGAACACGAGCAGACCAUCAGAGCACUGCUCAGCUCUCCAAUCUCCUGAGCCUGCAGCCUGCAGAGAUGUUCAGAUCAAAUGUGAGGUGAAGUUCAGCAGUCCUUUCUCCAUUGAAUCCCUCCUGAAGAGAGACAGUCCCUCUGCUCGGGCCUCCAGAGCUUCUCCUCUGUCCACUGUGCCGGUCAGAGUGGAGCAGCAGCCUCCGUCCACACACAGACUAGUUGGGACAAAGAGGAGCUUCAGAUGGAACUCUGAGGAGCCUCUCCUCCUUCAAGCUUCAGCUGGAAGUUCCCCCAUCUGCUCAACAGGGGGCAGCACACACCACGGACUCACUGCUACUGGAUCUGCUCAGCCCAUCAACAGGAUGAAUGUGUGCACUUGGUCCUCAUUUCCUGUCUACACAAGAGCCAGUGUUGCUCCUUAUUUCACCAGCACGCAAAGCCCUUACAUCACUUACUCUGUACCCACAUUUACCCAUGAUGCUCUCCGGUUCUGGCUGUAA